AUGCAAAGUCUGUAUUCACCAACGAAUUUGUACAGUGGAUUCAACUAUUACUGGUUUGAUAGUGAGAUUGACUUUGCAAACCAGGACCUAGAGUUGCGGGUUGUAACUAACCCAUAUGACAAUGUGACUCCACAACUAGAUUUACAAACAGCCUUGGUGAAAUUAAACAGUCCAAAAAGAGAGUUUGAGACGAUGCUAAUAGAGAAAAAGUUGAACAUUAUUUGGAAGAUGACCAGGCGUAUGGAUAAAUUAGUUCGUUUUGACACUUCUGAAGCUAGGCGUUUGUUGAAAGAAUGGCGCUCAAGUCCUCACAAGUUAAAUGCUGAUCCUUUGGGUUAUUCAGUCUCCAACUAUAGUUUUAGUCCGGUAGGUGAAGUCUUCAAGUACAAUACUUUAGAAGAAACUGUCAGUUUUGCACCGGAUAAGCCACCUAAUUCAGGGGACUCUAAUAUUAUCAGUCUAUCCAGGGGUCAGUUUGGUAUUGAGAGUCGGUAUCAAUUAUAUGAUGAGGAGAAGGAUAAAUAUAUUGGCGUUGUUGCUAGGACAAUCGGACUUGAUGAAGUUGCAUUGAAAAGGUCGAAUCAAAUUCCCGGAUGGAAAGGUUUCAAGCGUGUGGGUUAUGUCAGAAACAUCCCUAAAGCUAUUGAAAAGCACGAUGAUGAGAAAGAACUAACAGCAUACAAAACUACCGAACAAACCAUUUCAGACGAAGGCUCUGAGGUCUCUUCAAGUAUCUUCUCGUGCGUGAAGCGACAGUCUCUUGAUGGUGGCGCAUUCACUGACGCCAGAUACCAGCCAAUUGAAUUCUUGCCUGCAAUAGUUGGUCCCAAUAAGAUAGAAAGAUAUGACGAACCAGACAUUCACCCUUCAAUCCCAACUUUCUGUGAUUCAGAUUAUAAAAUGUUAAGACGUUCCUUGUACGAACCCAGAUUAUGCUACUACUCUUUGAAAGGUGGUGUUCAUUUUGUAACUCCACGCUUCCUUCCUGGGCAUCAAAACCCUAAACAAAGAAACCAUGACUACUUCUUAAUCGCCAUAGAUGACUACAAGUAUGAAAAUAUGACCCCAACUCAAAAGUGUCAUGCAUUAUUUAUGUUAUGGAAAACGACCAGACAUUACUUCGAAAUCAAUAGUGUCCCUGUUGAGACACUAAUAGGUCAUGAAAAUAGUUUGGCACAAGUUACAAGGCUUUAUGGCACCCUAGAAGACGCUUUGAAAUCUACAAUGUCAUCCCAGAAAGUCAGCUGCGAAGUCAAAGUAGUCCAUCAAGCGCCCCCAAAAAGAACCGCGAGUGUUACAACUAUAGUUCAAAAGCUAUUUAAAAAUAUUAAAGCUAAAUAA